AUGAAAAUCACAAAGAAAUUCGACCGUGCCUUCCAAUGGGCGGGCGAGAAAAUGGGACAAGAGUCCAAGACGGGCAUGUCAGAGGAAUUCAAGAUGCUGGAGACGGAGAUGGCCCUACGUCACGAUGGCAUGGAACGUCUGCAAAAGUCCAUGAACAUUUACAUCAAGUCGUUAUCCCGUCGAGGCGAAACUUUCGACGACAAAGAGAAGGGUCUUCCCGUUAGCUACCUGGGGCGAACAAUGAUCAGCCAUGGCGAGGACUUUGAGCCGGAUUCUGAGUUUGGAAACAGCUUGAUUGCUAUGGGUCGGGCCAACGAGCGAAUCGCCGGAAUCCAGGAGUCGUACGUCGCACACGCCUCGAAUUAUUGGCUCGAAUCAUUGGAGCGUUCGCUCGCCACCAUGAAGGAGUAUCAAGUAGGUUCUGCCCGCAAGAAGCUCGAGAACCGUCGCCUUGCCUACGAUGCCAGCAUGGCAAAGAUGCAAAAGGCCAAGCGAGAAGACUUCCGGCUAGAAGACGAGCUGCGCACAUCCAAGGCCAAAUACGAAGAGUCGUCCGAAGAUGUGCUCCGCCGGAUGCAAGACAUACAGGAAGCCGAAGCCGAUUCAGUCUCCGACCUCACCCAGUUCCUCGACGCCGAGUUGGACUACUAUGACCGUUGUGCCGAAGAAUUGCGCCGCGUGCGUCGUGACUGGGUCUCUGGUCAAAGCCAGCCAGCAUCCUACUCUCGCGGGGGCCAAUCCGAUUACGGUCUCGGACGUCGCCCAACGAAUCGCAGUCGUAGCAACACUACCAGGUCGUAUGGUGGCGAGGAUCGUACCGAGCGCUGGGCUUCAGCAGCCAAGCAGGACAUCUACGAGGAUGAAGAGAUGACACCCGAACCUGUUCGCAUGCCCAUUCGGUCCAACCGUCUCAACAGCAACUCUGGGAUUGCCACUCCAACUUCUCCGCCACGACCGGCCAUUAACCGUGCCUCGACCUACAGCACACCGGCACCGACCAUGCCCCCCAAUGUAAAUGCAUUACGAAAUGGCCUACGACCUGUCAGCAAGCUCUACUCGAACCAAAACACAAGUCAAGAUGUCUUCGCAGAUGAUUAUGAUACCAAUACCAGCAGCGGCAGCCCUGAAUAUGAUCGCUGCGAAAGCCCGGCAACUAGCUAUGGUUCCUUGAGCCGGACAACUAGCAAUACCGGCUUGUCUGGAAGCAUGAAGAAGGGCCCACCACCACCACCGCCUAGCCGGGCAAAGAAACCUCCGCCGCCUAUUCCGCAAAGACUCGCAAGGGAAGUAGGGUAUUAG